AUGCAGCCCGCAGGCAGAGCCUUUCCGAUGGUUCAAGAAUCUCAAGGCAUUUACACAAUAACAGCAGAAGAUAUAAGUUCCUCCAGCUCAGAAUCAAAGGAAACAUUCACAGAUGACUGGAACUACAAGUUGGAACAUAGUAAAGUACCCAUUUUGGCGAAUAUCGUUCGGAAUCAUACUCUUCCACCACCGGGCAAUGGCAGUGCUCGAUUGCUGUGGGAAUACGAUCAAGAGAAAUCCUCGCAUUUGCCGCAAUUCUUUGAUAAAGCAUUGAAAUUGUUAAAUUUGAAACAAGUUGCAUUUGAAAUUGAAAAUUCGGUUAUGUCAAAGGUUUCUUGUACAGCAUGUAAAGCAGGAGCAGGUUUACUUCAGCACUACACAAGAAUAGGCAAAUCCGAAAAAGAAAUCAAAAAAACUAUCUAUCAGUUCUGCGUCAAUUUAAAACUCCAAUCACCGAGAGUUUGUGAAGGAAUUACAGAACUGUUUGCGGGGGAGGUCAUUUACGUUCUCAGCAAAGUCAAAAUCGGUCCGGAUGAAAUAUGCAGUUUUGUGAUUGGUGAUGCUUGCGGUGAUAUUUACAAUCCCUACCACGAGUGGGAAGUUAUGUUCCCACCAGUACCAAAGCCUACUGUAAUUGAACAAAAUGUACCAGAGACUUUUUGGUUCUACAUUCAAAAAACAUGGUUACCUAACCUAGCUAAAUGGGGCGACUAUAGAAAAUGCGAUACACCAAAAAUUACAGUAGACCAUAUGUUACAACAUAUUCAAGAGACCCACCCUGAUAUCGAUUAUAUUCUUUGGACUGGAGAUCUACCACCCCAUGACAUCUGGAAUCAAACAAGGGAAGAAAAUUUAAAGAUUCUUAAGGACACCGUCAAACAGAUGUCGACGAUGUUCCCUGGUGCACCUAUAUUUCCAGCUCUAGGAAACCAUGAGUCAGCUCCAGUUAACAGGUGGUUGCUGCUCAAUAGUACAGAUCCCGCAACAGAGCUGCAAUGGUUUAUUUAUGAAUUGCAGUCUGCAGAAUUUAAUGGAGAAAAAGUACAUGUAAUAGGUCAUAUUCCUCCUGGUCACUCCGAUUGUCUGAAAGUGUGGUCAAGAAAUUACUACGCAAUUAUCAAUAGAUAUGAAUCAACCAUAGUUGCUCAAUUUUUCGGACAUACCCAUUACGAUGAAUUUGAAGUAUUUUAUGACAAAAAGGAUUUAUCAAGAGCCAUAAAUAUUGCAUAUAUUGGACCAUCGGUAACACCUUACUAUGAUUUAAACCCGUCAUAUCGAUUGUAUUAUGUAGAUGGUGAUCAUGACAAGUCUACGAGGGCUGUGGUAGAUCACGAAUCGUGGACAAUGAAUCUCCGAGAAGCCAAUCUAUACGGAUACCCAAUUUGGUUCAAGCUUUACAGUGCCAGACAAGCUUUUGGGCUCGAAGCAUUACGACCGAAAGAUUGGGAUGAACUUGUUACCAAAAUGACAAACGAUCCAAAGCUAUUUGAGUUAUUCUACAAGUAUUAUUACAAAGCCAGUCCUGUGCGACCUAGCUGUGAUACAGCAUGCAGGAAGAAGAUAUUAUGCGAUCUACAUUCUGGUAGAUCGCACGAUAGGAAAAAAUCUGUGUGAAACUAUAGAAUCUAGAAUAGAUUCAACUUCCAACGUGAGUUGGAAAGACUGGUUAUACAAUACCAUAUCAGUUUCAAAUAAUUUUGCAAAUGGUGCUUCGUUUUUAUCUCUCUAUGAUUAUUUUGAUGAUAAUAUUGAGGUUUGUUCAAAGUUGUGGUCUUCGUGGAGUGUGUGAAUAUUUAGUAAAAAAAUGUUAUAAUUGAAAACACCUUAAAAUAUGCUGUCCUGGUAUUGCUGCUCCUCACUCUAUCUCUAGGUGUUGUUAGUUUCUUAAUAUUUCGAAUAGUAUUAAACUCUGCAACAGGUUUUUUAAUAUCUUUUAUUUUAUAAAUGUAUUAAUAAUACCAAGUACCAUGAGAUGGCGAUAUUGAAUAUCGUCUCUACAUAUUAGACAACCAACAAUGUUCACAUUAGUAGUCCAGAUUGCCUAACAACAUUAUAUAAUAACUAAGUAUUUUGCCAGUAAUUAAUUUUAGUGUCUUCAUUUCUGUAUUUAAUAAUUUCUUAUGAAUUUCUGUUGAUAAUUGCUUACGAUUGUAUGCACAUUUACUCAUUAUCAUCUUCAAUUUACAUGUUUUCUCAUUUCCUGUAACUAUCGAAGUGAAUCUACCAUUUUUUGAAACAGUGAACGUUUUCUUAUGGCAAAUAUCGCUCAAAGGCUCAAAUAUAGUUUCUUUUAACACAAGCUUCAUAUUAGGAAAUCACACGGUGUUAUAACUUGCGAAUAAGUUGGAUGACAAAAUAACUAAAUUAUUAAUUAAUCUUUCUAAUCAUUCAACUAAUUUCGGUUCCUAAUAUAGUUAUUGCAAUGUAGCUCAUACAGUUGAAUUAAACAGAUAAAAUCGCAAAAUAGUGCAAAAUCGUUUAUCUAAUGCACACACCUUCCUAUUUAUGUGAAUCUUUGUACAGGGUGGUACCUUAAGGAAAAAUAUAUUUGGAAUCUUAAUUUUACUUUUAAAAUUAUACAAAUGUUUGCAGUUGCUCACUAGAUAAGACAGUAAAAUUAUUUAUCAUUAAAAAUUUUAGAUUUAGAAUGGUGUUUAUUUGCUUUAUAUUUGCUGUCAUUUUAUUAUCAUAUUCGCCUUAAUAUAUAUUAAUAUAUAUUAUAAUUCGCAAUAAUCUUUCUAUUUUUAUUUACUAUAUAAAGUCAUUUGAGUCGAUAUAGCAUAGCAAGCUAUGGAAAUUUUAAAGAAUGUAAAACUGGAUAGAAGAAUUACGUAUUUGUAGAGAUUAAAGUUAGGAAUUCGGCAGAAAAACAUGUAUUUUAAACGAAAUGAAUUGCAAUUAAUUAAUCUGAAGAUAUUGUUUUUUGCCUAUCAAUUUGGGCGACCCAGCCAUUAUUAUGUAUAAUUUCAGUCAAAGCGCCAAAGUUGGUCUAAAAUUAAGUGUUAAAAAGAUAAAAUUGGUGGUAGUUAACAAUAAUCUUAACCUUAAUCAUCUUUAUGGUAAAAUAGAGUAGAUAACAAUAUUUUUGCAGUAGUAAUAUAUGUUGGAAACUAGCUUUUUAGUACAUUCGGACCAACGCGAGGAUAAAAAUACCUUUAUAACGUUUUUUCUGAAGACCACUCAACAAAUUUUCAAAGAAUAUGUUUUAUUUUUGUUUAACAAACAUUCUUCUUCUUCUUCUUGUAAUGCCUAUCCGUUUUGGAUCUUGACAACCAUCAUGGCAAUGGUCGAAAAAAAAGAUAAGUUUUUCUAGCUCAUAGAUGAUUUAUUUCAGGUAUAUUUUUUAUUUUUGAAAAUUUUAUUUCAUCUACUUUUUUCAGUAAGCGCUCUAAAUGUGUCAAGCUUCUCAUCUGAGCUCUGCUUCUCACAAACUUGGUGAAAACCAUACAUAGUACCACAAAUUCGUUGGAGAAUUUUCUUCGCGUAACUUCUUCCUAAAAACCCCUGUUUCAAUUUCCAUUAUCUAAAAUAGCAGAAUAUCUCAAACCAAGAUAGAAAAACGUAAUGCACGUACAGCCAAAAAUACUUCAAUUAGGAAGUAGAGUAAACUACCAAAGAUUUGUAUACGCUAGAACAGAACCCAAACAUAUAUGCCUGGGAAAAACGGGUAAGGGAUUCUGAAAAGGUACAAAACAAUGAAUCUUUGGCUAAAGUAUUGAAAAAAUAUGCCUUAAUGUAAUCACCUAUAAGAAACCAAUUGGAUAAAACGUUUUUUUUAUAAAUGGUCUAUUUUCACAAUUUAAACUUUUGGAAUGAUUGGGAUGAUUUAAUUAUUUAUUUAUUGGUCCACCCUGUAUAGACAAUAAAUAGUUUUAUAUAUAUUAUUAGUUAGGAAGUUAUUUAAUAAAAAUAACCUAUAUUUUGAUAUAUAAAAUUAAUUUUAUAAACUUAAAUUCAAAAGCAGCUAUUUUUACGAAUCGGAAACUACAAGAAUAAUACGAUAAUUAUGAUACUGUGUGCUUUAUUAAAAGAAAAGAAACGGUUCAUUCACCCUGUAAGAUUUCGCCAAAAAGAUAUUUUUCUUCUUACUGUGCUGUAAAACUCAUUUGUAGAUCACUUUUCAUUCAAUUACUGGGGUGAAUAUACCACAGACAUACAUAAAAGAGCCAAGACAAUUAACAAAAGAUCCACGCACAGGUGGCAAGCCAGUGACAGGCCGUUUUGCCCCACGUUGGGCGCCAAAAAUGUCAUUGCUUUGGUUAUACUUGUAAAAAAAAAUUGAUAAGUAUUUUUAUAACUCUUUUAUUAUCAUCAUCAUAUUCAUAUUCAUCAUCAGCAUCAUAAGCUCGACAAUCCUUUGUGGAUCGACAGUCUUUGUGUAACUCUUCCGUCUGUUUGGAACAAGAUCUUUUCAGAUCUUGUUCCAUAUAUCUAAGUUUGGGUCUUCCUUUGGACCUUCUCUCUACUAUUCUACUACUGGCACCUGCCUUAAUAUUUUCUUAGGUAUAUCAUUUUCCUGCAUCCAGCGCAAACCUUCAAUCUAUAUAAUAACUUCUUUAUCCAGUCUUUUAACAUAGCGCUUUCUUUGCCUUUAUAGUUCGCUACGAACAUCUUAUCGGGAGUGUUUUGAAUUUAAUUCUAUUCCCUUGUUAUUUACAACUGUUUCCUCCCAGGUCCAAAGAAUGUAUAGAAAACGUAAAGUAAAAAUAGCUGUUUUCACCAGUUUAGUUUUUUGGUAUUUAUAUGAACAAUCUGUGCAAAUUUUGUAAACAAAGAAGGCUGUGUAUUUUUGACAUGAUCAAAAUACCAACAUAUAUUUGAUAUUCGUAGUAAGUAAGCAUGAAUUAUUUAUUUUUUUGUAUAAUUAUAGGCUAGUGAGAGACGUUACAAAGACCAAGGCGUUAAAAAAUCGAUUAAGUUAGGUAAUUGUAUUUUUUAAGCAAUAAGGUGAUGUCCUUGGAAAAGAUAGUACAGUUUAAAGCAAUAUCUUACCUGACUAUAUUUCGGUGCUGAGUAGAUAAUUUAGAUUUAGGUGUAGUUACGAAUUGUUUUAUACUUCAAGAUUGUACAUACACAGUGGUAACAAUAAAUUGUAUC